UCUCCCUUUCUUUCCUCUCUUUAAAAUCACGAUUAUCCAGAGAGUUCACACCCCAAUGGACCAGUGAUAUACGUGCUCAUUCACUACCUUCCCUUUAUAUUAUCGGUCUGCCAAUUCCCGUUUCUAAUUCAUAUUUGCUUUUUCUUUAUCCGGUUGCUAAUCCAUUUCAGCAGUGGCGUUGUAUUUUGUUUUUCUGGAUUCUAUUGUUUUCAAGAUUCUGUAGGCAGCAGCUAUGAACGCUCUUGCAGCUACAAACCGAAAUUUUCGAAACGCCGCACGGAUUCUUGGGUUGGACUCUAAAGUCGAAAGAAGUCUUUUGAUCCCAUUUAGAGAGAUCAAGGUGGAAUGCACCAUUCCUAAGGACGAUGGAACUUUGGUGUCAUACAUCGGAUUCAGAGUGCAACACGAUAAUGCUCGUGGGCCCAUGAAGGGAGGCAUCAGAUACCAUCCUGAGGUUGAUCCUGAUGAAGUCAAUGCAUUGGCUCAACUGAUGACAUGGAAGACUGCUGUGGCAGACAUACCAUAUGGUGGAGCGAAAGGAGGGAUUGGAUGCAGCCCGAGGGAGUUGAGUUUAAGUGAGCUAGAACGACUUACCCGUGUCUUUACUCAGAAGAUCCAUGAUCUCAUUGGUACUCAUACUGAUGUUCCAGCACCAGAUAUGGGCACUAAUUCACAGACAAUGGCGUGGAUAUUGGACGAAUACUCAAAGUUUCAUGGUCACUCACCAGCUGUUGUGACAGGAAAGCCUAUAGAUCUCGGUGGAUCACUGGGUAGAGAGGCAGCAACUGGUCGUGGAGUUGUUUAUGCUACUGAAGCUUUGCUUGCUGAAUAUGGGAAAUCCAUUAAGGGUUUGACAUUUGUGGUUCAGGGUUUUGGGAAUGUGGGGUCUUGGGUAACAAGGCUCAUACAUGAGAGAGGUGGGAAGAUUAUAGCAGUGAAUGACAUCACCGGUGCAGUCAAGAACCUGAAUGGACUUGAUAUACCAGAAUUGCUCAGGCAUAAAGAAUCCACUGGUGGUUUGACAAAUUUUCACGGUGGAGACUCCAUGGAUCCUAAUGAACUGCUGGUACAUGAAUGUGAUGUGCUCAUCCCUUGUGCUUUAGGUGGAGUCUUAAAUAGGGAUAAUGCUUCAGAUGUAAAGGCCAAGUUCAUAGUAGAGGCAGCAAACCAUCCAACUGACCCAGAAGCAGAUGAGAUUCUAUCCAAGAAAGGAGUUGUAAUACUCCCUGAUAUAUAUGCAAAUGCUGGAGGUGUGACUGUCAGCUACUUUGAGUGGGUUCAGAAUAUUCAAGGUUUCAUGUGGGAAGAAGAACAGGUGAAUAAGGAACUUGGGAGGUAUAUGACUCGAGCCUUUCAUAACAUCAAGAACAUGUGCAAAACAUAUGACUGCAAUCUUCGGAUGGGAGCUUUCACCCUUGGGGUAAACCGAGUUGCACGCGCUACUUUGUUAAGGGGAUGGGAAGCUUGAAUCAAUGUCCUGUUAAUCUCCAGUCUCGGAUAUAACCUGUGGACAACUGAAGGAGACAAAUUGGACGCUAUUGUUACCCGCUGCUGAAUUGAUUUUUUUCCCCUUAUUUAUUUAUUUUUUUUUUUUGGAAAAAUUACUUCUGGAUUAAAGGGUGCCAUUUGAUAGGGUGGUUUUUAUUUGAAAAGAAAUGAAAAUUAUAAAAAUUAGAUUUUAUUCUUUUUGAACAAAAAUUGAACUUAUAUUCGACCAACAGGGUGAUUCUUGUAAUUUGUAAACCCAAAAUCUUGCUUGCUCCUAGUGCAAGAAUUUAUUUCUCAAGUUAGUUAAAGUUCAAAUUUCAAAGAAGA